UACGUCUAAACUUAAAUGUUUAAUUACAGUGAAGUUAGUAAGAAGUACCUCCAGAAAAUGUUGAGGUUAUGUAUGUCAUUCCUGGGUGAUGUGAAAAGGUUUUAAAAAAUGUCUGAAAGUAAUCGCAUGCCGAAAAUCGAUGUCAGCAAAUUAAAACCGUCGGAGUUGGAGUUCAUUCAACGCUUCGAAAAGGAGAAUCGGAUUCGAGUGGAGAAAUUAAAGCGUCUGAGAAGGAAUAACCUCAUAACCGCUGGUAUUCUUGGUGUAAGCAUACUCGGCAUCUACGGGUAUUCUAUGUACGCCGUUAGACAGGAGACGUUCCUCGACGACUUUGACGAACCCGCCAAAACAACACAAUGA